CCCAUUUGAAAACCCUUUCAACAAGGGAGCGAUCAUUUUGAAAUUUUCUCCCUGAUAUCUACAAACACUAUCAUCACCGUACCACAAACGUUCUCUGAUGGGUAAGCCCAUAACUCGAUCCCACUCUCGUUCUAUAGUCGAACCCUCUUCCACUCUACAAUCCGCCGCCACCGCCAAUACUUCUUUAAACCCCUCUUCUUCUUCCUCCUCCAAAAUCCCAUAUCGGCCCCGGAAAAUCCGAAAACUUUCAACCACCAAUAAAAUAAUUGCAGCCGCUGCCGCCGCCGCCGCCACAGCCACUACCAACUCCUUUCCCCUGUCCACUGUUAAACCAUUAUCGGUCAAAGGCGAGAUUGACCUGGCUCUUGAACAUUUACGCAAGUCAGAUCCCCUUCUCUCAACUCUAAUUGACACCAAUAAGCCACCUACAUUCGAUUCUCAAAGCCCACCAUUUUUAUCUCUAGCAAGAAGCAUUCUUUAUCAACAACUCGCCCCUAAUGCCGCCAAAUCAAUCUACACUAGAUUCCUCACCCUCUGUGGUGGCGAAGCGGGGGUCCUGCCGGAGAAUGUUCUAUCGCUAUCUGCCCUUCAGCUCCGAGAAAUUGGAAUUUCGGGUCGAAAAGCGAGCUACCUGCAUGACCUAGCAGACAAGUUCAGAAACGGGUCUUUAUCAGAUUCGUCGAUUCUUGAAAUGAAUGAUGAUACGCUUUUAACUAGCCUGACUGCGGUUAAGGGAAUUGGGGUUUGGUCUGUGCACAUGUUUAUGAUAUUUUCGCUGCAUAGGCCUGAUGUUUUGCCGGUGGGUGAUCUUGGUGUGAGGAAAGGAGUACAGAAUUUGUAUGGGCUUAAGGAGUUGCCGCAGCCAUUGCAAAUGGAGCAAGUUUGUGAGAAGUGGAGGCCUUAUAGGUCUGUUGGGUCGUGGUAUAUGUGGAGGUUAAUGGAAACCAAGGCAUUGGCUAAAGUGACUAAAAAGUCGUAGUGCCUUCAAAACGCUGAAGCUGUAAAAAUCAGGUGCAAACCAGUUAUUGGGAGGUCUUUUUCCCAACUUUAUGAUAAGAUUUAGUCAGGUUUGAUUGCAUAUUUUCUAUCUGAAUGUCAGUUGUAUAAGACUAUUGUAUUGGAAUUAUAUUACAGCCAUUUAAGUUACAUAAGAAGGCGUGUACAAGGUAUUGAUGGAACGGAACUCAUGAAACAUACUAAGAGUUCGGGAGUUGAAACAUUCUCAAGAAAUGCUAAGAUCAGUAGUGAUAUAUUAUUUGUUUU